AUGGCAGAUGAAGUAAAUGGAGCCGUUCAUCCUAUCUUUAAACGUGAUCCAGAAGAAUUAAUGCAGUACCUCAACAAACAAGUCAGUGUUUUAAAAGAAGAUGGUAAAGAGGUAACAGGGUGGGUGUACACAAUUGACCCUGUAUCAGAAACCUUUGUUCUAUUGUCUUUUAUGGACGACAAAACCCAGUUGGACUUAAUAAUGGGACCCAGUGUUAGACAAGUUUCUGUUCUGGAUGAGAACUCUGAAACCUACAAGAAAAGAAUCGAAGCCCUUUUUAGGCCUCCUGAAGUUCAAUCUCUCUCGGAGGAAGAACUGGAGAAAAAGAAAAAUACAUUAAAAAGCUGGCUGCUGAAGAAUCGUUUACCAGUGCAAGUAACAGGAAAUAAUGGGGAACUUUUGUCUAUUUCUGAUGCACUGUUUAUUGAGCCACCUUAUGAAGCAGAGAAUUGUCGUAGUACAAAUGAAAUAAUCCUGGGUAGAAUUCAGGGUCUCAUUAAAAACAUGCCUUCUGAUCAAGAGGAAUGGUGCUGAAUUCAGCAUGUAUGUUCUUGUUUGUCAUCUGAAUAUUUGUACCGUUUCAUGUGUACCAGUAAUUGUGGUAUGAUAUUCUGACUACAUGUUCUUGUAUUUAGUAUUAUAAAAUACACUCAAAUAUCUCUGACAUUGAUUAAUGUUUUCAAUAAAAAUUGUCACAAUAUUAA